CCGCUCCAACCAACCAACGCACGAGCGUUCAAAAACUCGGGAUGUUUGCAAUCACCCUCAUUGAGAAAACCAUGAUGGAAGACAUGACCUACAUGAACAAACUCUUGAAGAAGAAGGGAUUGAACAAAAUCAUCAUGAACUCCAUCACUGCAUGCUCCGAUCUCUAUUCACAAACGCUCGAUGAUCUAGGUGACGCGAUUUUGAACUAUAAAUUGAAGAAUUUCCACGAGGUUAACCAAGAUGUUAGCGCAGCAAGCACUACUGCUGCGAGGUGUGAAGAUGGGUUUAGUGAGAGAGGAGUCAUUUCGCCAUUAACACAAAGAAAUGAUAAAAUGGGUCAACUGUCUGCUAUAGCAUUGAACAUUGUGAAUUUGUAUGCUCAAGUACAGUAA